AUGGAACAAAGAUUCGCUCACUGUAAAGAGCUUUACGGAGAUUUAGAGCUGUUUGAUCUUAGAAGAUUUAAAGACAUUAGAGACAACGGAAUAAACCCUAAUUCCAUGAACGAAAUUUCCCAGUUAUUACCUACUAUCGAUAAUAAUGUUCUUUUAGAACAGUUGAAGUCAUUUGCACAUUUUUGGCCAACAAUUUCUAAAACAACUUUGAAAAAUACUGAUGAUAUUUAUGGACCAGAAUACGAUUCAGAAGAUUAUUUUGAAGACGAUAACUUUGUGUGUAAAAAAGAAGAAAAUUGUAUGAAAUGUUUAUUGUGUGUGGUAAAUAUAAUACAUAAAUACAAGGAGCUUUUUAAAGUAUAUUUAUUUUUAUUAACCAUUCCAUUAACACAAGUAACGUGCGAACGCUCAUUUUCAAAAUUAAAAAUAAUCAAAACUCGAUUAAGAAGCUGUAUAAACCAAGAAAACUUAGAAGCUCUGUUUUUAAUGAAUUGUGAAAGAGAAUUAUUAUUAGACAUAUCGCCAGACGCAGUUAUUGAUUUCAUGUGUGAAAAAAGCAGUGAAAUGCUAAGGUUAUUAAAAGUAUGA